AAAAUUAGUGUGGUCCCCAGUUCAGUAGCAUUAAAAUAUGUUUGCCUCAGUUCCUGGAGAAAAUAUAAAAAGAACGAUUACAAGUCUUGAUUUGGACAACAACGCCAUGGAAACAGAGUACUCCAAAAGAGUCUACCAGGGUGUCAGAGUCAAACACACAGUCAAAGACCUGCUUGCAGAGAAAAGGUUGAGGCAGACAAACGUUCCCAGAUUCAAUGCUGGAACAAGUCAUUCCCAACAAUCUUUUGUUCAAAUGCCAGGAUCCCACAUGCUACCUAGUUACUACAGCAUGCGAAGGCCCUUCCUCACUGACUCUGAACUCUGCCCAUCUGCUAAGCAGUACACGACAGACCCAUACACCCCUGCCCUGGGAAGCAAGGGCUUGUCCUAUGAUCACCCGUCCACAUACCCCUCCUUCAUCGACAGCUACUACACCCCUGAGACAUUUGGGGACUACCGAGGGGCAACAGCCAUCUCUGCUAGCGGGGGGGCCCUUUUCCCCCCCUCGGCUUUACCCCAUUUACUGCCUCCCCUCUCAGGAGAGGCACCACAUCUCUUGAGAGACACUUGGGAACACUCAGAAGAGGACUCGGUGAGCCAAAGUGAGGUCCUGUGUUCUGAGGGUCCAGUCCCCUCCACAGGCUCCCAUGGGCUGACCAAUCCUGAUCCCAAAAGCCCAUCUUCCUACAGGAUGUCCACUGGUCGUAGUGUGCCUACUCUGUCUAGCCCCCAGCCCUACUCUCUACACCCUCUAGAAGAGGUGCACUAUUCCCCAUCAUCAUAUGCCCCCUCAUCCAACUACUCCUCCAGUUACUCGUACAUGACUGCUCCGGGAGAAUCUGCUGGGAUCAAAAUCAUGCCAGUGACCUCAGAAGACAGCAGUGAUGCUGUCCAGCUUAGCAAUACUUCCUGGACCAAGGAGGAUGCCCCUGGCAGUUGGUUGCCAUAUGAACCUCGGAAGGCCUACUGAUAAUCAUAUACUGUGAUGGGACAUAAACUGAAAUGGAUACUGUAACAGGAUGGACAAAACACACGAAGCACCAAGUGACCUGUUUGAGAUUCAUGAUUUUUUUUAAACUGCAAAGAUUGCAAAUGUAAAUAUAACUCUAUGCUGUUAUGCUGUUACCUGUUAUGGUGUAAUAAAUAAUAGUAAACCUGC